GGAGGCGUAGUGGGGCGGGGGCGCGGCUCGCUCGCACGCAAGAUGGCGGACGAGGACGGGGAAGGGAUUCACCCCUCAGCCUCUCACAGGAACGGAGGCGGCGGCGGCGGCGGUGGGGGGCCCGGGCUCCACUGCGCCGGGAACGGCGGCGGGGGAAGCGGCGGCCCGCGGGUGGUGCGCAUCGUCAAGUCCGAGUCCGGCUACGGCUUCAACGUGCGGGGCCAAGUGAGCGAGGGCGGGCAACUGCGGAGCAUCAACGGGGAGCUGUACGCGCCGCUGCAGCAUGUGAGCGCCGUGCUGCCCGGGGGGGCGGCCGAUCGGGCCGGGGUGCGCAAGGGGGACCGCAUUCUGGAGGUGAACGGCGUGAAUGUUGAGGGGGCGACACACAAGCAGGUGGUGGACCUGAUCCGAGCAGGCGAGAAGGAAUUGAUCUUGACCGUGUUAUCUGUACCUCCUCAUGAGGCGGAUAACCUAGAUCCCAGUGACGACUCGUUGGGACAGUCAUUUUAUGAUUACACAGAAAAGCAAGCAGUGCCCAUAUCGGUCCCCACAUACAAACAUGUGGAGCAGAAUGCUGAGAAGUUUGUGGUGUACAACGUUUACAUGGCAGGGAGGCAGCUGUGUUCUAAGCGGUACCGGGAGUUUGCCAUUCUACACCAGAACCUGAAAAGGGAGUUUGCCAACUUUACCUUCCCCCGACUUCCGGGGAAAUGGCCAUUCUCAUUAUCAGAACAGCAGUUAGAUGCCCGACGUCGGGGGUUGGAAGAGUAUCUAGAAAAAGUGUGUUCAAUACGAGUCAUUGGUGAGAGUGACAUCAUGCAGGAAUUUCUGUCCGAAUCAGACGAGAACUACAAUGGUGUGUCCGACGUAGAGCUGAGAGUAGCAUUACCAGAUGGAACAACUGUUACAGUCAGGGUCAAAAAGAACAGUACUACAGACCAAGUCUAUCAGGCUAUCGCAGCAAAGGUUGGCAUGGACAGUACAACCGUGAACUACUUUGCUUUAUUUGAAGUGAUCAAUCAUUCCUUCGUACGUAAGCUGGCACCUAACGAAUUUCCUCACAAACUCUACGUCCAGAAUUAUACAUCGGCUGUGCCAGGCACCUGCCUGACCAUUCGGAAGUGGCUUUUUACAACAGAAGAAGAAAUCCUCUUAAAUGACAAUGACCUCGCCGUUACCUACUUCUUCCAUCAGGCUGUCGAUGACGUGAAGAAAGGUUAUAUCAGAGCAGAGGAAAAGUCCUACCAGUUACAGAAGCUGUACGAACAAAGGAAAAUGGUCAUGUACCUGAACAUGCUAAGGACUUGUGAGGGCUACAAUGAAAUCAUCUUCCCCCACUGUGCCUGUGAUUCCAGAAGGAAGGGGCACGUCAUCACAGCCAUCAGCAUCACGCACUUUAAGCUGCACGCCUGCACUGAAGAAGGACAGCUGGAGAACCAGGUAAUAGCAUUUGAAUGGGAUGAGAUGCAGCGAUGGGAUACAGAUGAAGAAGGAAUGGCCUUUUGUUUUGAGUACGCACGCGGAGAGAAGAAGCCCCGAUGGGUUAAGAUCUUCACACCCUACUUCAAUUACAUGCAUGAAUGCUUUGAGAGGGUGUUCUGCGAGCUCAAGUGGAGAAAAGAGGUAAUUCUAAACGGUUCUUGCACUGACGUUUUUAUCGUUUUUUGUUGUUGUUUGUUUAAAGUUUAUAGGCCUGCGGCAAAAUACCUGAGACCCUCACCUCCAUUUCUGCCUGUCUAGGAGUAUUAGUUAGGGACUGGUUACCCCAUGUGACCCGGGACAUUCUUCAGAGAGAUUGGUCUCCGGCUGGUGACCACUGUAUAUCAAAAAGUCCUGCUUCUUCCCUUGUCUAGAGGGUGGGCAUUGGCUGUAGGCGAUCCCGUCUGUCCUGGCAUCAUGGAUCCUCCUCUGCCUGUCUUUUUUUUUUUUUUUUUAAUCAAAUCACCCUCCAGAAGGGCAGCGUCCUGGUCCAGAGGGCAGCUGUCCUCAGGUUUAGCCGUUCUGACUGGAGCAAGUCAUGACAGAAGCUUCUAGGUUCAUCAAGAGUGUAUAUGUGCAGAAAACCCCAAAGCAUCCACAGGAAAACUACUGCAACCAACAGAAGAUUUCAGCAAAGUAUCAGGAUACAAGAUAAACAUACAAAAAUCAGUUGGAUUCC